AACACUUCAAAGGCAUAUAGAAUACAAAAUUGCAAUUGUUCACGUGAUUUGCACAGCUACAAAAUCCAAGAUCCACACACACCAUCAUCGUCUUCUUCAACUCUAAUCAUAUCGAAACCCAACAAAAUUAUUCAUUUGGUAGAUUGAAGCUGGAUUGGGGCAUGCAAUGUCAGAAAAUCAUGAUGGAAAUGAUGAUUCACGUGGGGUUGUAGAUGGAGGGGAAGCUUCAGUUUCUGUAAAACCAGUUGCUAUUAAUCAGGUGGAUGCUGCGGAUCUAAAAGGUGGGAUUUCAGUGGCUGCAGCAGAGUAUGUAGAGAAUGAUACAAAAGAUACAAGAAUGGCAGAAGAUGGGGGAAGGGAGGACAUGUUUGUUGAUUGCCCUGAUGACAUAGAAGGUCCUGAAACUCCGCAGUAUGUAGACCAGAGCAAUGAUGCACAUGAUAGUCAACUGGAAGGAUUGAGCAAUGGAGCACAUGAUCUGGACUUGAAGGCCGAGGUAGAACAAUUGCGCAAAAUGCUAAAUGACAGUAUUGCUGAAAAAGAUCGCAUUGCUCGAGAAGCUGAGGAAGAAAGAGCAGCAUCUACGUAUGAGCUCACUCGCCUAACCAAUCAAUUCAAGGGUCUGGUUGAUAGUUGGUCACUACCAAAUAAGGAUGAUGGUGAUUUAGUUGAGAAUCUUCACCAUCAUAGUGAAGCAGUAGUCAGGGAUUUGGCCUCUGGUGUCUCAUUGCAUGAGGUGGUAACGGAUGUCUCCAAGUUUCUUAAAGAAGUUCUGGAUGAGCGUGUUCAGACUGAGAGCAAAAUCAGAGAACUUAAUGACCUGAUACAUAUGAAGAGUCAAGAAAUUGAUGCCCUCAAUUCAAAGGUUUCCGAGUUUUCAAUGGAACGAGAAAAUUCUGCUCACUUCUCUGUGGUUCAACUUGAGAAGGAGAAUCAUAUGACAGAGAUCACUAAUGACAUCUUAGCUUCUCUUGCUUCAGCGGUUCCUCUAGAAAAUUUUUCUGAUGAGUCAGUUACAGGAAAAAUGCUUCAUGUCAAGAAUAUGAUCCCAGUUUUAGCUGAGAAGUAUAACGUUUUCCUUUCCGAAGUUAACCAACUUAGACGGAGCUUAACUGAAGUUGCACCAGACCAUAAUAUGCAGGAUGAAAUGGGGGUGUUGGUGGUUGCACGUGAUACAUUGGCUGAAUUUAGAACAAGAGAGUUGAAUGUAAACCAACAUCUGAGCUUUUUAAGUGAUGAAAAUGGGAAACUGUCUGAGGAACUUAAUAAACAUAAAUUGAUGGUUGAGAAUGCAAAUGCUGAAAUAACAAAGCUGGGUGCUGAAAUUGAACAGGAGAGAACAAGGUAUGCUAAUACAAAAGAGAAGCUUAGCUUGGCUGUGACAAAAGGAAAGGCGUUAGUUCAGCAGCGUGAUGCUUUGAAGCAGUCACUGUCUGAGAAAGCUAGUGAGCUGCAGAGGUAUCAAAUUGAGUUGCAAGAGAAGUCGAAUAGUCUUGAAGCUGUGGAACAAACCAAGGAUUUACUGGGGAGAAGCGAAAGUUUAGCUGCUUCACUGCAGGAAGCUCUCAUUCAAAAGAAUUUGAUACUUCAAAAAUGUGAAGAAAUAUUGUUCAAGGCCACUGGAAGUGAGCAAUUUCAGUCAACAGAUAUGAUUGAGAAAGUCAAGUGGCUUGCAGAUGAGACGAAUGCAUUGAAUGAGACAUCUUUACAACUCCGAAGAGUGGCAGACUCCUUGUCAUCAUUUGAUUUCCCCCAGCCCGUACAAUCAAAUGGACCUGAUGCACAGGUUGCUUGGCUCCUGGAAUCAUUUUAUCUGGCUAAAGAAGAUGUAAGAAUAUUACAUGAGCAGAUGGGAGCAGCAAAAGAAGCUGCAAAUAAUGAGAUUGGUCAGCUUACUACUUUCCUCGUGGGAGAAGCACAGGAUAAAAGCUAUCUUCAAGAGGAAUUGGAGGAUUUAAAUCAUAAAUAUGCAGUGCUUGCCCAGAAAGAGCAUCAGGCUUCAGUGGAUAAGGAUAGAAUCAUCAGUAUGCUUCUAGAGGCUUCUAAGAUCAACUCACAUGAUCAAGAAUUGGUCUAUCAAAGCCAAUCUGACAUGACCGUACUCAUUACGAAAUGUGUUGAAAAUAUAAAAGAAGAAAGUAGUGCCUCUCUUGAAGCCCAUAGUCAUCAAUUUGAGUCCUUUGAACAGAUGCAGAGUAAUUUGUACAUUAGGGAUCUAGAAUUGAGACUAUGUGGUCAAAUACUUACAGAGGAGAUGUCGGAUAAAGCAGAGUUGAAUAGAUUGUCAAACCAUUCAGUCAAGGUUACUGAGGAACUUUAUGUUUUAAAGGAAGAAAAGGAAUCUCUGGAGAAGAAUCUCGAACAAUAUGAGGACAAAGUUUCCUUACUUAGGGAAAAGUUGUCUAUGGCAGUAAAAAAAGGCAAGGGGCUUGUCCAAGAACGAGAAAAAUUGAAAGGAGCAUUGGAUGAGAAGAGUGCUGAAAUUGAGAAGCUGAAGUCAGAUUUACAUCAGCAAGAAUCUCUAUCUAAUGACCACAAGUUGCAGAUUGAUAAGCUCUCAGCUGAGAUGCACCGUAUCCCUCAACUAGAAGCUGAUCUUGUUGCUAUGAAGGAUCAAAGGGAUCAACUAGAAGCUGAUCUUGUUGCUAUGAAGGAUCAAAGGGAUCAACUAGAAACUGAUCUUGUUGCUAUGAACAAUCAAAGGGAUCAACUAGAACAGUUCUCAGUGGAAAGGAAUAACAUGCUUCAAAAGGUUAUCGAGUUGCUUGAUGGUAUUGUUCUUCCGGCUGACUUGGGUUUUCAAGAUCCCAUUGAAAAGUUCAAAUGGAUUUCAGGAUAUGUACGUGAAAGCCAAACUGCAAAGAUGGAGGCGGAGCAGGAGUUGGGGCAAGUUAAAGAUGAAGCCAGUUCUUUAGCCAACAAAUUGUUAGAGGUCCAGAAAACCAUUAAAUCCCUAGAAGAUGCAUUAUCUACUGCGGAUAACAACAUCUCACAGCUCCUGGAGGACAAAAAUGAGUUAGAAGCUGCGAAGGCAUUAGUUGAAAAAGAAUUAGAGAAAGCAAUGAAAGAAGCUUCUGCUAAAAGUGUUGAGUUUGAGAAUGUGUUCGUGGAGAGAAAAUCCAUUGAGGAUGCUUUGUCCCUGGCAGAGAAGAAUGUUUUAGUACUAAAGAAUGAGAAAGAAGAAGCUUUACUUGGUAAAGAUGCUGCUGAGUCUGAACUACAGAAAAUCAAGGAGGAAUUCUCUUUCCAUACCAACAAACUAAAAAUGGCAGAUGAAACUAUACAAUCCCUUGAGGACGCACUAGUUCAAGCAGAAAAAAACAUAUCUCUGUUUACUGAGGAAAAUAAUAGGGUACAAGUUGGUAGAACUGAUCUAGAGAACGAGAUUAACAAGCUCAAAGGGGAAGCUGAUAUCCAAAACAGUAAGCUAAGUGAUGCUUCCAUGACUAUAAAGUCUCUAGAAGAUGCUUUGCUGGAUUCAGGAAACAAAAUUUCCGAUCUUGUUAAUGAAAAGAAGAAUGCAGAAGAGGAAAUUGUAGUUCUGACUUCCAAGGUAGAUGCCUGCAUGCAAGAGUUGGCUGGAUCACAGGGCAGAGUAGAAACUAAAGUUCUGGAGCUCUCUACCCAUCUUAGCCGUCUUCAGUUACUUCUGAGAGAUGAAGUUCUGUUUUCCUCUCUCCGAAAAACUUUUGAGGGAAAGUUUCACAGCCUAAAAGACAUGGAUCUUCUUCUUAAAGAAAUCUGGGAUUAUUUUUCUGAAGUAGAUACUGAAGUGCUACCAGAUUCUCCUACUAAGGAUGACUCAUCUUUCUCAAUUCCUUCGGUAUCUGUUGUUAAUGAUGCUCUAAAUGAGGAAGUAGCCAACGGUGAACCAAAUGCAACUGAUGGUGACAAUAUCACAUUUCAUCUUGGGAAAAUUGUGGAUGGAUUCGAAUUGAGAAACAAGAUUCUUGCCGAGAACAUUGGAUGUUACUCUGCAUCGAUGGAUGAUUUGAUCAAAGCCAUACUUAGGAAACUGGAGUUGACAAAAAGCAUAGCUCUACCUGUGAUUGAACUGACAGAAUCUCUUAAGCAAAAGGUCAGAGAUGCAGAAGUUGGUAGGCUAGCGCAGGAAAAUACUAUACAAUCGUUGGAAAGGGAUCUUAAAGUUCUACUUUCUGCUUUUAAGGAUGCAACUAGUGAACUGGCUUUAACUCAAAAUAGAUUGUCUGAACUUGGCUCCAACUUUGACCUGGAAAAGUUGAAGGAAACGUCACCUCAACAAUUAGCAAAUUUUGGUGAAGAUGCUAUAGUACAUCAUCACUUGGAGCUUGAUAGCAGCCAGUCUGCAAGGACUGCUGAGAAGCUGCUAUUGGCAGCUAGACAAAGCCGCCAUCUUACUGAACAGUUCAAAUCUGUGAUGGAGGUGAUGGUUGGUACUAAUAAAGAUUUGCAGGUUAAACUGGAAGAAAGCAAUAAUACUUGUGGAAAAGUCUUGGAAGAAAAGGAGACCCACCAAGAGAGGAUCUCCCAUCUGGAGACUAAUCUAGAAGAAUUGAAUGGUCUUUGCGAUGAGAUGAAGCUUAAAUUAGAGGAUUAUCAGGCUAAAGAGGAUUAUAUCAAGGAGAAAGAAGCUGAACUUUUGUCUCUAAAUGCUAAAGCUUCACUGAAUUUUCAAGAAGCUGAAAACUUAACCCUCUCAGCAUCUCAUAUGAGAUCUCUUUUUGACAAACUAAAAGAGAUUGAAACACUCAUGGGGCCUGAUGUGGGAGAUGCAGAGGCCUAUGAUUCACCUGAUGUCAGGCGGCUCUUUUAUGUAGUUGAUAAUUUCCCAAGAUUACAGCUCCAGAUGGACUCAUUGUCUCGUGAGAAAAAAGAAUUACAAUCAAGCCUUGAGAAACAGGCACUGCAAAUUGAGAGUUUAAAGGAUGAAGUUGAAGAGCACAUGAGAGAUGAGGUGGACUGUGCAAAGAUGAAGAAUGAGUUGUUAGAAUUCACAAUUGGUUUAGAAAAUAUUAUACAUAAGCUGGGAAGCAACAAUUUGGUUGACUACCAUAAAGAGACUCCGGUGACAGGGUUUUUACCAGUGCUUGAUAAGCUGAUUGUUGCCAAAGUCUUGGAAUCUGAAAAUUUGAAAGCCAAAACAGAGGAACUGCUUGCUGACUUACAUGGUACCCAGAAGGUUGUUGAGGACUUGUCAAGUAAGGUUAAGUCACUGGAAAAUUCUAAUCAACUUAAGGUUGCACCACUAGAGAUCAACCAGGAAAGGGGCAUCUUCGAAGCUGCUUCCUUGCCUACUCAGUCAGAGAUAUCCGAAGUUCAAGAUGUGGUACCAGUUAGUAAGAAUUUAGCCUCUUCUUCAGUUGCAUCAGCGGCUCAUGUUCGAACUUUGCGGAAGGGAUCUGCAGAUCAACUUGCAAUAAAUAUAGAUUCUGAAUCUGAACGGUUGAUAAAUGACGAGGAAGCUGACCAAGAAAAAGGUCAUGCAUUCAAGUCACUCAAUACUUCAGGUCUUGUUCCAGGGCAAGGGAAGAUGAUUGCGGAUAGAAUUGAUGGAAUUUGGGAGGUAGUUUUGUCCAGUGCUUGGCUUGUCAAUCUAACACUUGAUUCCCAAUUAUAUUCAGGGUAUCUUCAAGUCGAGCUUUGAUGAGUCAUCCAAGGGGCAGGCUAAGUCUUAUUGCUUAUUGUUUGUUCCUUCAUAUUUGGUUAUUAGGCACCAUAUUGUGAUGAUUCCGAUAAUUGAUUCUUUUGCAGUUGUACAUUACAUAUUGUUAUAAUUUUUUCUUCCUCUUUUGACCUGGCUCAGUGCCUAAAUGUAAAUGGUUAUAAGGUCUCAGCAGAUAGAUUCUCUGCAAUCACAGUUUUAGGGAUUCAGAGAAUGUUGGAUAGUUGUUCUAUUAGCCAAUAGCUGUACUAGAGUUGAAUGAAUGCAUACAUCUUUGCUUAGGCUAGGUUUUGAUUUACUGUCUAGUACAAUACCACAAUAAACUCAUUCCUUUUCUUUAA